AUGUGUAAUAUAGAAACGAAUGGAUCACUACUGGAAAGAUUUUGGACAAUUGGUGUUGCUGGUACCGUGAUUGCAUUAUUUGGUGUUAUUUGCAAUGCGAUGCUAACAAUAAUUUUUCUAACUCGACGAAUGUAUCGCCAUUCACCAUUUUUCUUUCUUGGAUUCGUUGCAUUUUAUGAUACAUUACUUGAUUUCAAUUAUAUCAUUCUUCUGGUAAAAUUUCGAGAUUAA